UCACAUUUCGCAGGCCCGGCCGCGGUUGCUAGGAGACCUGGAGCGGGCGGUGUGUGGGCACCUGCAGCCAGGCAGCGCUGGGGAGCUGAUGCCGCGGGCUCGGGUUGCUCGGUGUAGUGGAGGUGGAGGUCGAAAAGGGAGGGAGCUACAGGGCCUUGGGCCCGGACCUCGGUGAAGGCCGGUUUAGGCGAGCGACCUCUCAGGGGUUUGGUUGCGGCCUCCCCGGCCUCUGUCGUGCCUCGUCCUGUGGUGGUGGAGGUGACUGCACUGGAGGAUAGGGAGCCUGUACCGCAGCGUCGCAUCCUGACACUGUAAUGUGCGGCAGCUGGGCGCCCUGUACUUGUCAUCCGUCUACAUCGAGCCUGGGGAUGAAGAGCGUCUUGGGAAGGCCGCGGAAUACAUUUUUUCUCUGUGUGUCUCAGAACAUAUAUAGUCCGAAACAUACAUCCUAAGCUGAGAGCGGCAUUGCAGAGGCUUGAAGAUGUCAUAAUUUACACAUUAUCUGAUAAACAUUAAGUGAAAGAGGGAAACCUUUAAGAUCUCUGGUCGUCUGCAAAACGUGAUGACGGCCUGGUCCAUGGUGAAAAAAUUGGAAAUGGAAAAGAAGAGGCCGUCCAAAGAAGAAAGGGCGGCUGCAAAUGAAAUGGACUACUCACAAGACCUUGCAGACUGCAGUGAAUCUGAUGAAUUGUCCAGCUCAGAGAGUGAAGCAGAACAGCAAGGAGGCAGGAGUGGAAUUGGGAAUUAUGUCAAUACCCUUUUUCAAGGUAUGGACUUUGCAAGUAAGCCACACAGACAGCUUUGUAGAUCACCCUGUUUGGACCGUCCCAGUUUCUCACAGAGCAGCAUUCAAGUUCUGCCUGAACACCAAACAAAGCUGGAAGAUACUAAAGGUAACCUGGAUAAGGAAUAUCAAGCGAAGAUGGACUUUGCCCUAAAGUUGGGAUAUAGUGGGGAGCAAAUCCAAGCAGUACUCAACAAGCUGGGGGCAGAUGCUCUUAUCAAUGAUAUCCUGGCGGAGCUGGUGAAGUUAGGAAAUAAAGGAGAAUCAGAAGCACAGAGCAGUGGAGACAUUGGCAGUAACAGCCUUGUACCCAGAGGCCCUUGCACCAAAGAGAUUGCAAGUCCAGAACUAUCCUUAGAAGAUGAAGUUGUUGACAACACAGACAACCUCAGACCUAUUGUCAUUGAUGGAAGUAAUGUGGCAAUGAGCCAUGGCAAUAAAGAAGUAUUCUCUUGUCGAGGUAUACAGCUGGCUGUGGAAUGGUUUCUUGAGAAAGGACAUAAAGAUAUUACUGUGUUCGUGCCUGCGUGGAGAAAAGAGCAAUCCCGACCCGAUGCCCCAAUAACUGAUCAAGAGAUUCUCCGCAAACUGGAAAAGGAGAAGAUUUUGGUGUUUACCCCAUCUCGUAGGGUGCAGGGCCGCAGAGUGGUUUGCUAUGAUGACCGGUUUAUAGUUAAGCUGUCCUUUGAUUCUGAUGGCAUCAUUGUGUCUAAUGACAACUACAGAGACCUCCAGAAUGAAAAACCGGAAUGGAAGAAGUUUAUUGAAGAAAGGCUGCUUAUGUAUUCAUUUGUCAAUGACAAGUUUAUGCCUCCUGAUGAUCCUUUAGGAAGACAUGGCCCUAGUUUGGAAAAUUUUUUGCGUAAAAAGCCUGUUGUACCAGAGCAUAAGAAACAACCUUGCCCAUAUGGAAAAAAAUGCACCUAUGGGCACAAAUGCAAGUACUACCACCCUGAGCGAGCAAACCAGCCUUUGAGAUCGGUGGCUGAUGAACUCCGUAUAAGUGCUAAGCUGUCAGCUGUAAAGACAAUGAGUGAAGGUGCACUGGUUAAAUGUGGAACUGGUUCAUCUAAUUCCAAGGCAGAUGGGUCCAUUGAAACUAAACGUAUUGCCCCUAAAAGACAAUCUGACCCAAGUAUUCGUUCUGCAGCUGUAGAACCAGAGCAGAGACUUUCAGCAGCCCGCAAGUCAGAGGCCAACUCAGUGCCAUCACUUGUGUCUGCCUUGAGUGUUCCAAUCCUGCCUCCUCCUAAGAGCCAUGCUGUAAGUGCUUUGAACACUCGCUCAGCAAGUAGUCCAGUACCAGGAUCAUCGCAGUUUUCCCACCAAAAAUCUUCUCUGGAACACAUGGCAAGUGUACACUACCCACCAAUUUUGGUGACCAACAGCCAUGGCAAUUCUGUGAGUUAUACUGAGGAUUAUCCAAAAUACGAGUCCCUUGGAGAUCACGGUUAUUACUCUAUGCUUAGUGACUUUUCAAACCUAAGCAUAAGUGGAAUGCACAGCUCAGACUACUACACCUCUGAACAAGACAGAGCAAGUUUUUCUAGGAACUCCAGCCCUUGUCCUGACAGCUGCAUGAGCCACACUAGUAGCGAUUCCUACUCUUCUUACAAUGAUCUCUAUUUAGGUAUCACAGAACAGGGUCUGGAGGAUACUAUGAAGCCUCAAAGGCCUCCACAGAGUAGGUUGCAACCAUUUGUACAUGGCUAUCAUGAAGCACUUACUCGCGUACAAAGCUAUGGACAGGAAGAAUCCAUGCAAAUGCCUCGUAAACAGUCCUCUUCACAUUUGGCUCUUCACAUACAACAUCAGUUGGUAGGAGCAAGAUCCAGUUGCCCAGGGGAUUACCCAGCACCAGAGAACAUGCACCCUUCUGCCAAUGCUCAGCCUGGUAGAGCUUUAGUCAUGACUAGAAUGGAUAGCAUAUCUGACUCUCGUCUUUAUGAAAGUAACCCCAUGCGGCAAAGGAGGCCACCAUUGUGCCGUGAACAGCAUGCCAGUUGGGAUCCUUUACCAUGCCCUACAGAUUCAUAUAGCUACCACUCGUACCCACUUAGCAAUAGCCUGAUGCAACCCUGCUAUGAACCAGUGAUGGUAAGGAGUAUGCCAGAGAAGAUGGAACAGCUCUGGAGGUCGCCACACUGGCCAAUUAUGAGUAGUGAACCCAGAGAGCAACACAUCAUUCCUGAGCAUCAGUAUCAAACAUACAAGAAUUUGUGUAACAUCUUUCCACAAGGGGUGGUGCUCUCAGUCAUGGAGAAAAACCCACAUAUGACAGAUGCACAGCAGCUUGCAGCUGUCAUUGUUUCCAAGUUGAGAUCAGGCCAUCACCACUGUUAAUUCCCACCUUUAUUGUCUGGACAAUAGUAUCUAUUGAUCAAGUUGCCUGAAUAAAACCUGGCAGUGUUCUACACCUUUUUGCAUACUUGGAUGACCUAGUUAUUAGUUUUCUGCCACCAAGUAAUCAAUAUGUGGACACAACAAACUUUUACUGUAUUUAUUUUUUUAAGCUAAACUUUGUGAUCUUUACAGCAUUCCAAGAGGAGUGCAUAUUUUAUUGUAUAGGUAUAUUUAUCCCUGCUAAACCUGCAUGACAGGUUAAACCUCAGUUCCUUUGGGGGUAAGAUCGCUCGUUUCUAUUCUUAAUAAAGAGGAUGGAAGGGCUGGUUAAGCUCUCUGAUGCUGGAGUUUCCAGCAGAUCAUCAAAGCACAUGAGCUGCUUGCAUUAUGUUGUCUCUUCAGCUGUUCAUAGAAGCACCUAUUCAUAUUGUUAGCAAUUAUAUUGCAUGCCUAAUUGUGUACUUGCAGUUUUAUUCAAUAUAAAUGUGUGUAGAGAUAGAUAUCUUUAUCUAUCUGUGUAUAGUUUUAUCUUAACCUAGUGAUUUACAGACCAAUAUAGAACGUCUUUGUCUUGACUGCACAAAGACACUGUAUUCCUGGCCACUUGGAUAGGUUUGUAUCUUUCAAGGAUGACAAACUGCACCUUUUCCAGGUUUUUAAUGUACAGUAGUUGAAUGUUUGUUUUUUUGUUUCACCUAGGUUCAAUUCCAUCACCUGUCAUACCUCCGUAAAAGCCAUAUGCCUCUAAAUACAAUCACUAAAUGAAUUGUUCUUGUGUCGGAAACAUUUACUAUGGCUUAUUAUAUUAUGAUGCCAAAUGCAGAUUAUUUUGUGAAGUAUACUGAAAUUCUCUAUGUAGAAACUCAAAAUAUACUUAAGAGACGUACAAGUUUUUUAAUGUAACAUCCUAAACUAUCAGAAACAUAUACACUGAUCUUGCUCUACGUCAUGGCAGUAUCCACCACUGUGGAAAAUAAGAUUUUGGAUGGUUAUUUUAGUCUAUUUGAAUAGAUACAGCAGACUGGUUUGUAUGUCAUGACAAAGAUGCUUAUCUAAAGGUUUACUAAUAUAACAAUGGGAGUAAUAACAUUGAAUGUGCAGUUGAGCACAUUUCCUUAUGAUGAGGAUCUAGUAUGUGCAUGUUUUUCCCUUUAAAUAUAAUUUUAAUGUUUUGAGGUUUCUGCACUAUAGUUUCUGAAAUAGAUUUGUAAAUGUCACUUACGUUAGGUGUGAGUCACCAGAGAGAGACAGCAUUGCCAUUCAGUGACAGUCAUCAGUAUAUGACCUUUCUAUUGCUUAGCAUACAAAAGGUAGAACUCUCCUUCCCACUUCUUUCCAGCAGGUACUGGAUUACUUUGGUGAAACAGACUUUACUCUUUCUCGAUAAAGAAUUUCUUUUUUUGUUAUUAUGUAGUUAGAGAAAAUCUCUGCAGAUAGCGUUACCUGGCCAGGCAUUUUCUUGGUUGUCUUUUGCUGCACUCAGGUUGCUGACCCUUAGCACUAUCUUAUUUAAUUUUUUAAGGCACCCAUUGUAUAAUAUUUUAAAGAUGUUGAGGCCAUUCACAGCCAGUCCUUGUGCUGUGAACUGUUGGCUUCAGUUUUUUCAUGAAAGUGUACAAGGGCCAAGCUUAGAGCCCUUUUGUUUCUUCAUGAGAAGGUGAUAACUGCCUACAUGUUUCUUACUGUGAAACAAACGGAACGUCAGGCUGCCGUCAGGGUUUUCUCUGGAUAUCUGAGGAAUGGGUCUUCGGCUGCUCUAAUAUUCAUCCCCCUGUUAAGGAGUCUAGGUAGUUGUUAGCAGCACUUUAAUGUCCACAUUGAAUUACAUUAUUGUUGGGUAUUAUUAAGUAAUGACAAAAAUAGCAGAACUGGGGACAUCAAAUAUAGGCGAGAAUGGUCCUUUCCCCCCAGACCAGAUCCUAAUGUCAGUCUAUUCCAUAUGAAAAAAAAAAAAAGUAGGAGACAGUACUGCAGUGAUGACAAUCCUGUUUAUUAUAUCAUGCAACAUUACAGUUUGCGAUAAGCUCAGUUGAGCUAAAAUGUUGAAUGGUGUAAAAAAAAAGAUUUUCCUCACUAGGUUGCAGCCUUCUAUUCACAUUUUUCCAUAAGGUGUUUUGUUAAGUCUACAGGAUCUAUGAACAUUACCAAGUAGUUGUAGUCUAUAACGUUCUAUACCGGAAGAGACUUAUCUUAAUCAAUACACCUUGUAAUAUUCCAGUUGGAAUUAUCAUCUGCAUUCCGUGUUGCCAUCAUUAUUUAGUAGGAUUUCAUCACUUGAAGAUACUUUUGUUUUUAGAAACAGUUUGAUCAUGUCUAAGACGCAAUGAAUAAUUUCCACAAAAAUCCAUAGCUAGAUCAGCAUGUUGCAUCCAAAGAAGUGAUUAAAAUCUAAUUUGAACAAAAAAAGAAUUUGCUACACUGUGUACCUUUUUUCUACAGCAUCCAUAGUGAUGUUUUAUUCUCAUAGGGUGAUUCUACUGCACAAACUGCAGCAGUACAUUAUCUUUCCUUUGCCCGCCCAUGGCUUAAAUGAGUAAUCCCAACCAUAAUAUUAACCUGUUGCUCAGUAUGGAUCAGAGUCUUUAGCAAUUUGCUUUAUAAACCAAAGGUUCUCUGCUUUUAAGCCUAAAAUGUACUACGUAGAAGGUUAGCUUUCAUCUGACAUUAGAAAGGAUUUGUGACUCCAGUAAACUACAUUAUAGCUUAGCUGGAAUCGCUGAUCAUUAAUAUAGUAAAAGGUUAAGUUACCCAAUGGGUAAUAAUGUGAAUAUAUUUUACUGGCCAUUGCUACAUUCCCACAUUAGCUUGAUCAGCUGAGGGCACCUACCAUUACAGAUUAAUAGCAUUCCCCAUUUCUAACUAAUGUAGUCAAAUCCCAAACCAACGACCAGUCUGAUGCCAGAUGAGAUUAAGGGCAGCCGAAAUACCCGCCUCACUACCAGAAUUGACCUUUUGUUUGUUGAUACAAAUUGUAUCUUUUUUCUUGAUUGUAUUAAAAAAAUGAGGAAAAUGUGUGUGUAAAUAUAGAAAUGUACAUAUAUAACCUAAGGGGAAAAAUAUAUACCAACAUAAAGUGUAGAAUAGUUACAGCAAUGCAUUUUCACUGCUAUGUCUGUGACACUAUGUGUCACUUUGUUGUAGUCCAUGGUGUGGAAGCCACUUCACUGCCAUUGUGCCUGCAGCCCUUUAUGUGAAGUACAAGGAGUUACAGGACUGGGCAGCAGUAAGGAGGUUAAAUAACUCCUUAAUGACUGGGCAAUGUAGUUUAUAAAGAAACAAGACCUUUUCAAAUUCACUUUAUUAUAAGUAAAUCUGUAUCUAUAAAUAUCUGUACAGGUAAUGCACAGGUACCAUGCGCAAACAUUACAUAAUUGUCUUAUAUUGAUUAAGUGUCCUAGGCGCCUGCACACAGUGGAAGCGGACAUUUUGUAGACUGUGUCAAUGUUCAUGCCUGAAUAAAUACAGAGCAUUGUAAAACACCUCACCAAUCCUACGUCUGCUGAAUUCUUAGGCUGCACUUUCAUGUUGCAUUAGACAGAAUGGCCGCCUCCACUGCGGAUAGAUGGCAGAUACACUUUAAAUUGAUUUUAUGUUCCUAAGUAGGAAUUUUAGUAUGGGCACUUGGUGUUUUGUAAUAUAUAUAUAUAUAUAUAUAUAAUUAUUUUUUUUCUUGUAAAAUGUGCACUGCAAAAAGAAGCAUUAAGUCCCACUAAAAUGCUUAUGUGGCAGUAUUUGCAAAUGUUUGUAUUGUGAAUUGUACAGCGCUUGUAAUUUUCUAUUUUUCAUGUGUUUGUUGCAUGAGAUGAAGUAUUGUUUUGUUAAGUACAGUAAGUUACUGCCUUUCUGUUAGGCCUGCUCUGGGCCAAUAAGCAGGCAGAUGUAUUUCUGCCAUGAAUGGGUGAAUUUAGUAGUUUAACAUUUUAUGAUAUUUCUUCUCAUUUUUUUGAGUGUGAAAAAAAUGGUAAACUGGGGAAGCAUUGAAUGAGGUAAUUGAAGGGUCUACCCAAUAUAUUCCUGAAUUCUGUCACAGGUUGUCAGACCAAUUUUAAGGCUUCAGUAGCAGCACUUUUGCAGCAAUACGUUUCACAUAGAAUGUUUGGUAUAGAAAAAAGGGGGAAUAUUGCUUUACACCAGCUGAUUAGUGUAAAAAUUGUUGCAGAUUUUUGCAACAUUUACUGAACUCUAUGCCAGAAAAGUCUCUUGUGAAAUAUGCCUAAGGGCCCUAUUAUCAGUCGAAUAGGCUUGUUUGUUGUGCUGAUCUCUGGGGUUGGUGCUCAUUUACUGUGUGGAUCAGGCCAUGGAAUAGGGCACCAGGAGAUAAGUAAACUUCAGUGAUGCGUACGUGCUGAUUAUUACACUUUUGUAAUGCAUUCAAAAAGGGAGCAUUGCCUUAUGAAGAGACAUGGCUUGUGUAUGAUCACCCCCCCCCCCCCCCCCCCACCACCCCACGGCCCCGAAAACCACAACAGACUUGUGGCGUAAAUUUUGGAGCAAAGUAAGCUAACUAAUUAGUAGUCUAAAGUUAAACUACAAAAUCUAAAAGGUGUUUUAAAUUCAGCGUGAUCACUCUUGCUAAUUUUUAGACUGUCCAGUCUAAGGGUAGGGACACACGUUGCAAAUACAUUGCAGAUUUUCUGCAGCAGAAGUGGAUCCAGAAGGGGACAUAAUAAUGGAAGGUGUACUACUUCCAGUUUCCAGCUGGAUCCACUUCUGCCUUUGGCACAUUUUCUGCUGCAGAAUAUCUGCCGUUUUAGUUUCUACCUUCAAGCUGUGUUCCCAUACAGGAUUUUGGCCUAUUUAACAUGUCAAAACAAAAGCAAAUAGCUGGAAAAAACAGUGUGGGAUCAUAGCCUCAUGCGAAAAAAGCUGAAAAUACAGUCCAAAGAACUGAAUCGGAACAUAGCCUUAAUUUGUUCUGUUUAAUGAUUCAAUAGCAUUGGUAUAUCUGGGCUGUUUUUUAUACAGGCAAAAUAAGUCACAAAAGGGUCACAAAAGAGGUUUCUUGCACAUUUGUAAUAAUUGCAGAUGUAAAAUUAACCUACAAUGUAGCUGACAAACAUUUUCCCAUUCUUUUUUUUUAGAUGUUUUAUGUCUCAAAAUUAUUCCUAAAAUAGUGAGAACAUAGCCUUCUGUUGUUAUUGGGGCAUGCUAAACCGGGCAGGUUGCACAGGUGAUAUUAUGUCACUUUGUUCUUGCUAUAUGUAGUUUAUAUACUAUAUGGGGUCUCCAAAGCAUCAAAUUUAGAGUACGUUCACACGGGCAAAUUUAGAAGAGAGUUUCCCACUGCAAGUUUGACCCACAGCAGAUUUUCUGCAGCGGAAAAUCCACAGCAGACUAUUUUGACUUGUAAUUUGCUGCAGAUUUUCCACUGUGGAAAAUCUGCCACAGAAAACCCACAGCAGCUUAAACUUGCAUCAGAAAACUUACUGCAAACUCUCUUCUAAAUCUACCCAUGUGAAUUUACCCCUAUGCUAUGUUCACAUGGUGGAAUGUCCGCAUGGAAAAUUUCUGUGCGGACAUUUCACAGACAGCGGAACAGCGACAGAAUAUGCCAGCGUAGGACUGCUCAGAAAUGCGCCAUCUCAUAGACGGCAAUGCAUUUAUUUGUGGAAUCUGCAGAAAGAAUAGACGUGUCUUUUUUUUUUUUUUCUUCUGCGGACGCCGGAAUCGGAAUUCCCAGGGCAGAAACAUCUGGCACAGAAAUUCUGCAGUGUGACCAGUGCAGCAGAAUCCUUUUGAAAUCAAUGGGACUCUGUCUGUGCAGAAUUCCACACGUAAAUUCUGCCGUGUGAAUGUGGCCUUAAGGUUUCCUUGAAAAAUUGAUUUGAAAAAUGCUGGCGCUAAUUAAUAGCAAUUUAUUUUACAUUUAUAAUAUCAGCCAAUUGGGGGGGUUGAAGCUGUUCUCUGGGUAAUUUACAAUCUGAGAAAGGAUUUGCCGUAUGGUGGCCAUACACAUUAUAUAAUAAUAGGUUAAAGUGUACCUGUCGCCAACAAAAACCUUUGAUAUAAUGUAGAUAAUACUAUUAUAUGUAUAUUUGUAAUAUACAUUGAUUAAAAAGUGUGUAUAUUUUUGGGUGAAAAAAUUCUGUCCCUGCAGCUAUUGUCUGUGUGUCUUCUGAGGAGUCCAAAUACAGGAAGUGAGGGCAGGACAAGCAGGGCUCUGUGCAGGCUCGUCAAUCCUCCUGCUCUGUGAGUCGGGAGCGUGUCAUAGAGCCUUGGUGCACAGAGCUCUGCUUGUCCACCCACACUUCCUGUAUUUGGACUCCCCAUAGAGACACACAAACAAUAGCUGUAGGGACAAAAAUAUACCCUUUUUUUUUUUUUUU